AUGACCUCGUACGAGCGAGCCCCAACGCGACCUCCCAGGGCGAAUACCAACUAUCUGCAAGAGCUCUUCAACAACGUCGACAAAAACAGAAGCGGGAGAAUCAACGCGAAUGAGCUGCAGAGUGCUUUAUCCAACGGCACAUGGAAGCCGUUCGACCCAGACACGGUUCAAAUGAUGAUGAACAUCUUCGACCGAAACCGCAGCGGUAAAAUCGACUUCGGAGAGUUCACGUCCCUGUGGAAUUACAUUAACGACUGGAUCAAGUGCUUCGAGGGCUUCGACAAGGACCGGUCUGGUUCCAUUGACAAGCAUGAACUGCGGGAUGCCCUGACUAGCUUCGGCUACCGCUUGGGCGAUCAAACACUGGACACCUUGCUGAUGAAGUACGACAAGGAUCGAAAAGGCUCUAUUAACAUCGACGACUACGUUCUGUGCUGCGUCAACCUAGAGACCCUGACAACGGUCUUCCGGAGCUACGACACUGACAGAGACGGUUUUAUCACCCUCAGCUAUGAAGAUUUUCUCAAACUAGGACUGAGCCUGAAUCCGUGA